GCUGGCGUAAAGCGACGGCGGGGCGGUGGUAGGCGCCGGCGGAGGGGGGUGAGGAAGGUACCACCCGCCGCGGGGCGGGGGUGGGUGAGGAAGGUACCACCCGCCGCGGGGCGGGGGUGGGUGUAGCAGCCCCCGAGGGGCGGGGUUUCCCCUGAGGGGCGGGCAAUGGCGCCGCGGAGGCCCGCAGCGGAGCCGGGCCAGAGCCAGGUCCUGGUGGCCUGACAGGGCUCCCCGGGCCUGAGGGGUUCCGCGGGGCGGUUGUCCUCUUCAGCUCGGUGCCGGCAGAGAUGGACCAGCGCCUGGCCGAGCUGGUGGAGGAGCUCACCACCUCGGGGGAGCCGCGGCUGGAGCCCGGCAGGAUGAAGGAACUGAAGAAAAUCUGCAAGUCUUCAGACGAACACAUCAGCCAUGCCUAUCACCUGCUGAUGACACGGCUUAACGAGGAGCAUGCCGAGAUGCGCUUCUCGGCUUUCCAAAUCGUGCAGGAAUUGUUCACCCGAUCCCAUCAAUUCCGGACGCUAGUAAUUUCCAAUUUCCAAGAGUUCUUGGAGCUGACGGUGGGGAUAGACCACGAGCAGCCUCUUCCGCCGCCCAGAGAGGUGGCACAGAAACUGAGGAAAGCAGCCAUUAAGUCAGUGCAGGACUGGCAUGAGAAGUAUGGAGAGGCCUACAAGAAGCUUUCUCUGGGAUACCGCUUCUUAAAGCAGAAUAAGAAGGUGGAUUUUCAAGAUGUGCAUGCCAGAACUGUGGCUGAAAGGAAGAGGGAAGAGGAGAAGCAAAAACGAUUGGAGAACAUUUGCAAAGAGAAAGCCAAAAGAGCUGAAAAAGAAAUGGAAGAAAUGUCCCAAGAGAUUGCCAACACAGUGACAGAGAUGGAAAACUGUUUCCGGCUUCUGAUGCCAGAUCCUUUCGACUUCACUGUGAAUGACGUGGAACUGGAAGCCAACAAACAAAUGUCUGCUAAUGAGGAUAGACCUGCAUCCCCCUUGUCCUCCCAGAUGGAAAUUAACCAGUCCUAUUUUGGAUGCGUGGAUGAUGAACAGCCAUGCUGCAGCAAGGACAUUCUUUCUGUUUCUCAGUGUGUUAGAACUGAUAAAAGCAAAGAUUUGGAUGAGAAACAGGAGAAGCCUGAGCAAAAAGAAUUAGAUGGAGGCACAUGCUCAGAAGUUCAAUCUGGUGUCCCUGCUACCAAUGAUGAUGAUUACCAGACUUUUGUUAGGAAUUAUGGGCUUAUUUCGCAUAAGUAUACUCUAGACCUUGAAAUCUCCACAGAUAUAAAAGUGCAUGAGAAUGAAGAUAAUACUGCCAUAAUAAACAAUGUCAUGGAUGCUCACAAACUCCUCAGCAAUAAGUUCUGGCCUUCUGUGCAGUCCUGGAUUCAGUUAUUUACCAGAGCAGGAAUAAAUGAUGAUCGGCUAAGGUGUGCCAUUGGUCUCAAGAAUAAAUUGGAGACUGCUAUGAAGAAAUACAAGGAAAUGAACAUUUCCUUCAAAGCCAGAAAAAGAAAAGUGAUGAAAGCCUCGGAUGACGAUGAUGACGACGAGGACGAAGAUGAAUUUGUGGAGGUCCCUGAGAAGGAAGGUUAUGAGCCCCACAUUCCAGACCACCUGCGUAAGGAAUAUGGGCUUGAGCCCCAGUCACCUCCAAAAGCACCGCCGGGGAAGACAUCAAUAGGACCAGCUCCACUGAGCUUCCGUGCCCAACUGAAAAGGAAUGAAGAUGAACUUGAUCCAACCUGUGCAGCUGCCACAUGGAAACUUAUUAAAGACAAACUGCCAAAGUUACCGCCUCCACAUGCCAGUGACUCUGCAACUACUGAGCCAGCAGCCUUGGAAGAGCCUGACAGUAAGAGAAGAAAACUAGAAGAAGAAAGAGCUAAAGCUCCCGUCAUGCCUUUUGGAUUAGAUCUUCACUACUGGGGGCAGGAUCAGCCAACUGCUGGGAAGAUUCUCAAGUUUGCUUCUGAACAUCGGUUUUGGGCACCCAAUGAAGUAGAGGAAGAAGUGGAAAAUAAAGAAAUAACUGAAAUGUUGAAAACUAGAUAUAUAACGUUUGCUGGCAAGUUUGAACCAGUGAAACAUAGAUGUCGAGCACCAAUGCCUGAUGGAAGUCUGUGUGAAAGACAAGAUCGGAUUAAGUGCCCAUUCCAUGGGAAGAUAAUUCCUCGGGAUGAUUCUGGGGUUCCCAUUAACGCAGAGGACAGAGCCAGAGAAGAGAAGAUGCGAUUUGAGAAGCAAGCGGCUCAGCCAGAGUGGCGAGAUCCAGAAUUCAUGAGAGAAGUUGAAGCAGCUACAGGAAUGGAUCUUGGUUCCUCUAAAAAUAAUGGAAAAGGAGGGAAAAAGAAAGGGAAGAAGAAAAAAUAUCCAAAUCUGACAGACCUGAAGCAGCAGGCUAAUACUUCUCGUUCCCGGCUUGAGAAGAAAGUCUUCAAUAAAGCUGCUGUGAAACGGGUGGUGAAAGCAAUGAACCAAGUGGACCAAAGAAAGCAUGAGAAGUUUGCCAACCAGUUUAACUAUGCACUGAAUUAAACUGUAAUAAAAUGAAGGGCAAAGAUGAUUACACAAGAGUGCAACUACACAAAACCUUUAUCACAGACCUUUGUAUUUACACUAAAAUACUGUGCUGGGUACAUUUUUACUGGGGUAACUUUAUAAAUUUUUUUCAACUUCUAACUUAUUUGAUAAUGAACACAAAUUUUGACAAAGAUUUGGUGAUACAGAAUUAAAUGUAUUUAACAAGGUAGUUAUUUGAAAUGUACAUGAAAUAGAGCAUGUUUUUAUGACCUGUACAUACUGAAUAAAGUGUUCAGGUUAGGGUUUUUUUUUUUUCCUUCCUAAGGGACUCAUGUAACUUAUACCUCAUUUGCCAAUAUAUGUGUCAUAAUUCGCCUCCACUUUCAUGCCUUCAGAAAAAAGAUGCUCUAGAAGCAAUUAAAUACCUACCAGAGAUGACAAUGCACAGAGUAGUUGCCCAGCCUACCAUUCUAGAAAACGUGCCACAGCAAGCAGCAUAUUGGCUCGUGCAGUACCUCUAAAGACCUCUUGCAUACAUAUUAAAGAAAAAAAAAUAAUCCAAAUCAAUUGAUACCUUCUGAUGAUGAGCAGAAUGGAGUUUGAUUUCAGCAGGUCCAGUAGCCAAUUCAAACUCAGUAGCUGUGGUACCAGUGGAGAAGCUGUAUUGAUGAAGGUCAGUCUGGUCAGCUUCUUGUCUGCUCAAGAUGUCUCCCAGUAUCUUUCAGAACUACAUCUGAGAAGCACAUUGCAAAAGUUUGUAGAGAUACUCAGUAUGUGCUGCAGUUUAACUGAUACCAAAAAAGGUAUCUUUUUUUAUCACAGUACAAAGUGUAAGUAUGAUGAGGGUUUUUAAAAUCAUUCAAGUGGUAUGCUGUACUUGUGAACUGCAUGACUUGAAUCAGUGAAUAUUUUAUUGGUCUCAAGCCUGAGAGUGCAUCUAAGAAUCCAAAUAUAAACACAAGCAUCUGCACUCUUCUGACUCCAGAGACAGUUAACACACAUACUGAGAUCAAGCAGCUGGAUCCAAUGGGGUUUGCUUUACUGGCUGAGUGCUUAAUCACAUCUCCCAAACCUGCUUUGCUGGCUAUAGUCAUGUUCUUAAGCAGAGUGACAUUGACCAGCUGUGCUCUUGCAGGGUUUCAUACAGCUUUAUGAGUGAAGGAAAUCCAGAAUAUUGAGGAGGAUAGACUGAAAAAAUCAAAGUGAACUGCAGAAGUCUUCAGUAAAAUACAGAAUACAAAUUAGAAUUGAUUCUCUACAGCAUUGGCUUAGUCACUCACCUCUUGGAGGUGUUUCAUCAUGCAUCAAGAGACUCUAAGAAUUAAAAAAAAAAAAGAAAACAAACUCCUCAGUGUAGCUUCUGACUGCCUCAGACAAAAGCUAAUUUACAGCUCUGCCAAAUACCUUUUGGCUUGCAUGAGUACUGCUUAAAAAGCAAUUAAUGCUGGAUCUUGAUAGUUUAUCUUGCAGAGCUUGGCAGUUUGGAAGACUUUUUCCUUUUCAACAGAGGUAUUUGGAAGACGUACUUCUAAAGUACCAGAAAUAAAAUAAUAAAUAGCUAACUGAAAGCAAGAGUUUCAAAAGGUAUCUGCUGCACUGGAAAGCAAAGCCACUUCUGCUAUCGGUCUAGCUAACUUGGCAGUGAAGGCUCCAGGUGAAAACGUAGACAAGAACAAACCAAGUUCAUCACCAGGUCAGUUGAAUCAACUGCUAAACUGAUUUUAUUUCUUAGCAAAGAUA